AUGUACUGUACCGUGUACCGUGCUGAGCUGUGCUGCAGUGUACUGGUACUGGUACUUUUACAUCUACUAUUACUACAUGCACCCGUCCAAUACUGGCAUUGUCGCUGCUCACAGUACAGCUGGCCUGCAAACAUCCUACACGCCCUACGCGUCACGCGCCUACGUGCCCAUCCCGUGAUUGACUGCUCUGAUCUGCCUGCUCUUAUCGUCCAGCCGAGCCCUGAAGCUGGCCACCACCCAAAACUAGCUACACCGUCUCUCCACAGCCAGUCCAAGUCGGCCCCCGCCAAAACAAUCCUUUCCGUCCUUGACUCAAAACACCCUAUCGUGCCCGUCUGCCUGCCUGCCAACUACCUGCAUAGUCAGAUAUUGACAGCAGCCCUCCGCGCUGCUCUGUCCUGCCUGGCCCUCUCAGGCGUGUCCACGCCGAGCUCCCCCCGCCUCUGCCUGCCUUCCCUUGACUUGUUGCCCCCUCAUCUCCGCGUCCCGUUUAAACCCACAAUGCCUUGCUUCUUGGGGCUCGCCGUGAGCAUUCACACUCCGAAUGGCCCGCUGCCUGAGCAUUCCGUCCAGAAACAAUCUAGAGCCCACCGCAUCACCUCCUACAUCCCUGUGCCGCCUGCCAAAACCCCCGCCGGUUCGACAAAGCCCGAGCAAUCAACCUUCGCCAUAUCAAUCACCUUACUCACCCCCGGCCUCAACGUCCCGUACUCUACCCCGAAAUCUACUCUAGACGAUCCCAACCCGAAGCCCAAGGUCGUUGGCGGCACACCCCACCCGGCUGACGAUCGGAGCAGGAAUGGCCCUGUCAUCGCCCCGUACAAGCCCUUGACCACAUCCCCCAACGAGACAAUCGCCGCAUACAUAUACUUUGACGGGAGAGCAAAGGAGGAGGUCGCUACACUGCUUCGCCGUGGCGAAGAGACCUGGGUGAAUUCGCGGUGGGUCAGCGUCCCCGCGUCCGAAGGCGGUGGCCUGGCUGAGCGUGAAUUCUUGUUCCGCGAGGUUGGCCUGGAGCGGUGGCUCAACGGUCUGGAUCUAGAGGGCAAAGACGUAGCAGCUACCAUUGAGCGGAGGAAACAACGUCUCGAGAAGAAGCGCAGAAAAAAGAGAGAGGCUCAACUGAGUGACGACGAGGAAGAACUCAAGACACAUAAGAACGGCAUACUGCGUUACGGCGACAACAAAGAUGCACCUGUCGAAUCACUGUCGGGCAACGAAGAUUUCUUUACUUCCGAUUCAGACUCCGAGGAUGAAGGUCCCCAACCCGAGGCUGCAGGACAAAUUAAAGUUGCUCUGUUCCGUGUAUUGGCCAGCGGAGAGAUCAAGCGCGGCGAAUACUCACCACAAUUCGAUGCGCACGACGAUGAUGAGACAGCCGGCCAGAGCGGUACCGGCGACGGUGAGGAUGUUGACCAUACUACAAGCUUUGCAAAACCAAAAACGUUGGACCCCAAGUCGAUUAGUACCCAAACCGUGACCGGUAUCGAUCCCCCGGAUAAACCCUACGCUGUUUUCACUUUUCUGUACCGUGGUGAACGUCAACUCCGCAAGAUGGGUAUACUGGCUGCCGACAAAACGCAAACAUCACCCGUAGUCGCGCGAAGAAAAUCCCGAGGCUUGGACCUUAGUGCGUUGAAACCAUUGAAUGCCACUGCAGGUACAAAGAAUUUUGGUGGCUAUCGAGAGAGGGAUGCAAAAUCCAAGAAGAAGGAUGGCGACGCUAUGGACAGUGACGCAGACGAGGAAGACGAUAUCAAGAUCAAGACCGAAGACGUCGAUGCCGACGAUGGAACUGAUCCCAGUGGAGAGGGAAUGCUGUCACCAGAAGAUGCCUUGAGGCAGGGUGAACUGGCAGAGGGUGUACGCAAGAUCAAGCUCAAACGCCAGCACUCAGCCGAACCUGUAGGACGAGCAUCCGCAUCCGAUGAUAGAGGUGCUUCCGGAUCACCAAUCUCAGGCACACCCAACGCCGCUGGCGACACACCAGGCGAACCUUUGACCGCAUCCAAGAGCUCAGCACCGGAUCUCGGCGCAGAAGGCGCAGUCGGGUCACCCUUUAAGAAGCACCGAGCAUCUCUCCCUGGCUUCGAUGAAAGCGUACGGAAGAGUCUAGGCGCGACGCUGGCAGGUGCAUCAUCGUCGUCGUCGUCGCAACAAAAGGAGCGCGGCAACUCGGAAGGCAGCAUCCCGGUCCCGAACCUGAUAGAGACCAAGAUGGAGGAAGACGAUGAGUUGUGA